CUCGCCAUGGUCAUCGCAGUCGACUACUCCCUCUCCGCCUCCACCCUCCUCAGGGAGUCCACAAAGCGCGCACACGAGUCCGUCGAGAACACCCAGGGCGCCGUCUGGCUCGCGUCUGGCAAGCUCCCCAAGGAGGAGUACGUUCGGUUCUUGGUCAUGCUCUGGCAUAUAUACGACGCCCUCGAACGCGGCUUACAAGCGCACGCAUCGGACCCUCUCGUCAGCUCCGUCUGGACCCCACUAGCGCCCGUCGUAUCCCGCGCCGACACCAUCGCAGCCGACAUCGUGCACCUCCUACAUCUCGACGAAACCUCAGCACAGACACGCUCCUGGCUCUCCCAUCCGACCGUCUCCGCUCUCCUCUCCUCGCCGCCACCGGGCUUCACCGAAUACAUCAACCGCAUCAACCGCUACUCAGACCCCGACUCCUCGUCCUCCUCCUCAUUCAGCGCCCCGCGCGCGCUCGCCCACGCGUACGUGCGCUACCUCGGCGACCUCAGCGGCGGCCAGAUCAUCCGCCAGCGCAUCACCAAGGCCUACGCGCUCGACCGCGCCGACGGGCGCGGGAUCGCGUUCUACCGCUUCGGCACGCUCGAGAGCCCCGACGCUGUCGCGGGGCCGAGCGACCUGCGGCGGAUCAAGGAGCAGUUCAGGAGGCGGCUGGACGAGAGUGUGGGAGGCGAUCAGAAGGUGAAAGCCGUACUCAUCGAAGAAGCGAACCUCGCGUUCCGCCUCAACGAGGGCCUCUUCAGCGCUCUCCAGGGUCCCACCGCGGAAGACCAGGACGCGCCCAAGGUCGUCUACGACAACACUAAAGCUCCCAGCUCAUCAGCACCGCUCGUCUCCGUCUCGACCGUCAUCUCGUUCAUCAUGGCCGCCAGCCUCGCCCACUUCAUCCUCGUCGUCACUGGCUUCACCGGCACCGCCGGGAGCGUCAAGUACAAGGCGUUCGAGGACUGGCUCUUCGGCGGCGUGUAGUUCGGCGGCGUGUAGUUAGGGCAGAGAUGAUAGAAAUUUAGUAAUACGGUGUGCUUUCUUAUAUUUGGGCUUUGGGCAGAUACCGCAUGGUCAAGCUUUGCAAUUUGCUAUUUGUACGACUGACAGACACACGCAUCGUUGUUUCAUAUAAUCUUUCACUGUAUUCAUAAUACCCGUUGCACACGAAUCCGAGCAUCCGUUUACCCUCC